CAGGGCAGAAUCGAUAAGACGGACGCCGAGCGCCAGUCUACAGGCGACGCGCGUCCUGACGGCAACACGUUAUCCGAUAAAAUAUAACCUGCAAAAGACAUAGCGAAAUUACCGAAAAUGACAAUUGAUAGGAGAUGGAACUACGGGACGUACCAUUCAAAGUUUAGUGAUACGUAGAUUUUACAGCUUUUUUUUUAAUUACAAUGUGCUGUUAUUCGCGUCAUAAGUUCUUAGUAGUUUUUAGUGGGGACUGAUAGGAAACCGAAACACCACAUACUGGUUAAAAAUAUGAAUCCGUCUGAUUACUGUGAUAUUUCAUCCAGUAAAAAGAUCUUUGGAACAAUGUGAGCUCAACAAAAUGUCUUCAUCUUCGAAUAUAGCCGCUAAGCACCUGAGCAAAUCCGCCUCUGAAUUGAGCAGCCCAAGAGAAAUGCCAGAAGUUCGGCCCAGUUCAGCUGCUCCACCAGAAAAUACGCAUUUGUCUGUUUAUCAGAAAGCCCACAGUUUCAUCUCUCAACUUAAGCAUCGGUGGGGUCACGGAAAACGAGAGCGAAAAUACAGGAGAAAAUCACCUGGACGUCAAGAUUCUACAGAUUAUGCAGCUGAUCUUAGCAGUGAUCAUAGUACACCCAGUACACAGAGCCCAGCCAAGCAUGUGUUCAGCGCAAGAACAGAUUCUCCACUUAGUAGAUCUGGGUUAGAUAAUACACAUUCUUCAACACCAAGUGGUUCACCUGCUCUCAAGUCCAAGCCCACCGGGGCAGUGGCUGGACUGGAUCUCUUACCUGCAAGUUUAAACAACGAAGUAGAUCGCAGAAGAGAGGCAGCCUUGAGAGAACAUUCCUUCUUCCAACUUAAAGUACAUUUACGACGAGGCUUGAGAUUGACUGCCAUGGAUAAAAAUGGUCUCAGUGAUCCUUACGUGAAAUUCAAAGUUAGUGGAAACCUCCUCUACAAAUCGAAAACUAUAUCCAGAGACUUAAAUCCAAAUUGGGAUGAACAUUUCACAGUGCCUAUAGAAGAUCCGUUUAAUCCGCUUCAAAUCAAGGUCUUUGAUUAUGACUGGGGCAUGCAAGAUGACUUUAUGGGAUCUGCAUUAUUGGACCUAACCUCUUUAGAUUUAUUGAGAUCAACAGAUUUAACACUACCUCUACAAGAUCCUUCGAAGAAAAAUGAAGAUUCAGGAGAAAUUAUGUUAACUGUUACUCUAAUACCCAUUCCACAAGAAGAUAAAGAUCAGUUUUUCCCGAAAAAUAGCAAGACCAACGACGCCAUUAGAAGAAUUAAAUCACAAAUAUGGAGCUCUGUAGUAACCAUCGUACUGGUAGAAGCUAAGAACUUAUUAGGUUGUGAUCCAGAAACUACAACAACAGAUUCAUACGUUAGAUUCAGGUUAGGUAAUGAGAAACAUAAAAGCAGAACUGUGUGGAGAUCGUCGAGUCCUCGAUGGCUAGAACAAUUUGACCUUCACCUUUAUGACGAUAGUGAUCAACAAUUGGAAAUAACAGUAUGGGAUAAGGAUCAUAAGAGUAGAGAUAACUGCAUAGCAAGGUGCCAUAUUUGCCUGAAAAACUACACUCGCGAAGUGACCCAUAACUUGUGGCAAAAUUUUGAGGAAGGUUCUGGGAUGCUUCACCUUCUUCUUACAAUAAGUGGUACAACAGCUUCCGAAACAAUAACAGAUUUAACGACUUACGAAGAAAAUCCUGCCGAGCUAGAAGGAAUCAGAGAACGUUAUGACUGGCGAAAAACAUUCCAAAAUUUGAAGGACGUUGGCCAUCUGGUUGUCAAGGUCUACAGAGCUUCAGGCUUAGCACCUGCUGAUUUAGGAGGUAAAAGCGAUCCUUUUUGUGUCUUGGAACUGGGAAACGCAAGGCUGCAAACUCAAACUGAGUACAAGACCUUAACUCCAAAUUGGAACAAAAUCUUCACUUUCAACGUGAAAGACAUCAACAGUUAUUUAGAGAUUACCGUGUACGAUGAGGACAGAGAUCACAAGAUGGAAUUUCUCGGAAAAUUGUCCAUUCCACUCCUGAGAAUAAGGAACGGAGAAAAGAGGUGGUUCGCUCUCAAGGACAAGAAGUUGAGAGCAAGGGCGAAAGGUAACAACCCGCAAAUUCUCCUAGAAAUGGAUAUAACUUGGAACGCGUUUAGAGCCUGCAUAAGAACACUUAAUCCAAAGGAAGAGAAAUACAUGCAGAGUGAAGUGAAAUUCAAGCGCCAAGUUUUCUUGAAGAAUGUUAUGAGGCUGAAAGUAUUUAUAAUUCUUUUCUACGAAUUCGCCAAGAUAUUCGAGAACUGCUUCGAGUGGGAAUCUAAAAUUCAAAGUUUCGCUGCUCUAUCCUUCUGGCUCAUUCUGUGCUACUACUUCGAACCGUGGAUGGUGCCGAUUGGUGUAUUGCUGAUAUUUCUGAAGCAAUACAUAGUGAAAACAUUAGCUGGACCCACUGCCAUUCCAUGGGAUGAAACAGCAGAUUCUGAUGAAAUGGACGAUGACGAAGACGAAGCCAAAGAUGCAAUGAAUGAGGAGAAGAAAACUCUGAAGGAAAGGUUGCAAGCUAUACAAGAAGUUACUCAAAGUGUUCAGAAUGCUAUCGGUAAAAUAGCAUCAUUACUAGAAAGUGUCAAAAAUACAUUCAAUUUUACGGUUCCAUACCUAUCGUGGAUAGCUAUCGCAAUGCUUCUAGCAGCCACGGUAGUACUUUAUUUCAUUCCAAUGAGAUAUUUACUUAUGUUGUGGGGUACAAAUAAAUUCUUGAGAAGGAUAUUGCGACCUCACUCUGUUCCGAAUAAUGAGGUGAUGGAUCUUCUGUCAAGAGUACCUGAUGAUGAAAUGAUGAUGUGGAUGAUGAAAUUGUUGGCCAAAGCGUUGUCCACACAUGUGGGCAGAAUGUCACUCCGAUGGUACUUACAGCUCGACUAUAAAGACCUGAAGGUGCUGGCUGGUACGAACGAGCCUGAGAGAAGGAAAGAUGUGAAAAAGAAGCACAAGGCUUCCUAGUGGAGACCUCUGCAGGUGGUACAUGAGAAAUGGCGAGUCAGAUUUAUCAAGACGAGCUCAAAGCACGAUUGAUUCUGCGCGUACAUGAUCUGAAGGUGUGAUAAUGUUGCGAUAACCUAUUUUAUUUUUGAGUAAAUUCCCAUCUUAGUACAACAAAUUAAUUCAUUGAGAACAUACUUGAACUUGAUCUUUGUUUCUAACAAUCAUUCAAUACUAGGCAAAUUUUAUGAGAGUUAAUCCGAAUAUUUGCUCCAAACCGGAACUCACUCAAAACAUAAAGAUAAAUGAAAAAGAAUGUACCAUUCACUCAUAAUAUGAAAAACCGACAAUAUAGAUCAUUUUUUUGAAUCAAUAUUUGUAGUGAAAAGUUCAAUGAAUUAUUUUGAGGAUGAAUUAUAAAUUAAUGAAGAUUGAACGUGAUCUAGUUCAUGAAAUUAAAGCACAAUUAUUGUUAGAACUGAUUUGUGUCUUCGGUAAUUAUUUUUAUAUCAGAUUAGUCAAUAUUUAUACGAGAUAUUUAUACACUUCUGAGUUAUUUCUAACAAUUUUGAUUUCCACACUUUUUUAAAAUCGGUCAAUUAUAGCCCUUCAUUCGAUUGACAAAGGCUAGAUAUAAAACUAUGAGAUCAGAUGCAAUUAUUGAUUGUUAUCUGAUAUAUCAACACCAAUUUUAUACUUACUGUUAUUUAUUGUUAAUUUUAAGUAUAUUUAUCUGUGCAAAUUGUGAAAAAUGUUGAACAUAUUGGAAUUUAUCAUUUAUCAUUCCUUUGUAAACCAUAUUUUUUCUUUUGGUACCAAUUGUGAUAAUAUUGUUGUCAUUUUCCCUGAUAGAUGUUAGAAGCGAUUUAUUAAUAUAGGUAUUUUUCUCAUAUUUUUCUGUAAUAAACGUAUCCCCUAUUCCCUAGUAGGACGAUUCACAUUGUAAAAUAUCAUCCAAGAAGGAACAAGCUGAACUCAUCAUAUAAUAUACAAAUUGUCAAUUUCUAUCUGCUUUGAAACUCAACACUUGAAUGAAUCACGUGAUGGUUUUGUAUCUUUAUAGUGUUCAAAUUGUGAAUAACACAAAAAAAAAAUCUACGGAAAGUGAUGUAAAUAUAGCUAACUCUGAAAUAUAUCGAAAGAUAUAAGUUUUUUCUUCUAUUAUGGUGUAUGUACUUCGAAAUGUUUGAUUACCCUUAAAUGCUUCCAAUGAUGUAAAAUAUUGAAUUAUAAAUAAGAUAAAAGCUUUCAUCAAGUUGUAAGAUGGUAUAUAUUAUAAAGGAUUUUACAAUAGGAAUGAUUCAAUUUGAGAUAGGUAUAAAGGCAACACUGUGUAUUUUUUUCCUUUCUUUUGUCAUUCGUUUUCAGUAGAUUAUUUGUCCACAAUACGAGGAAUAGUGAGAUGAUUAACUGAAUUCUUCUUUAAAUUUUAUCAGUAUAAACAAAUAUGUUGAUGAAUCGAUUAAAAAAUUUCUAAACUUUGUUGAAGCCUUUAUCUUUCCACGAUUGAAUGGCGUAACCUACUGAACACAAAUUACAAAAGAAAUGUAAAAAAAUAAUACCGAGUGAUGCAAUUAUAAUCUUUCCAAAUUGUGCCUUCUAUUCUCAUUGUAAGACCCCAUAUAUUAUUUCAUUUCGAUUCAUGAAAUGAACAUAUGUCUUUGAAUAAAUCAGAGAUAAUAUUUUUCAUUUGUGGAGAAGAAGAAAAACAACAUGAUAUUAACAAACAUUAAAACAUUAUUAUAAAAGAGGAGGGCAUCAUUUGAAUCUGUAUUUUUCUUGUUUGCGUUUCGAACAGAAUAUUUUUUAGAUACAUAGAUAAUAUAAAUUUCAUACUAGAUGAACAUCAUGGAAAUUAGUUUAUCCUUCAGACCAAGAAAGAUUCCAGAAAUACUAUUCAUUCAAUGAAUUAGUUCGAAAUAUCUUUAACUAUGAGAAUAUUCUAUAAUAUAUAUACAGGAUGGACCAGAGUUCAACCGUUAAACUUUCAUGAUAAAUUAUUUAAGUAAAAUCAAAUAAUUUUUUUUCUUUCAAACGCGUGUUCUAACUUGCUCCAGUUUCAAGUUACAGGGUUUCAAAGUUAUUAUAAACAAUCUUUUUUCAUCAAUUACCCAAAAACCUUUCGCCUGAUUUGAGAAGACUUGGCAUGUUCAUUUACGUUAAUAACGAUUUUUUUGAAUUAUCCAUUAAUUAUUAAUUUAUGAAUAAUUAUCAAUUAUUAUCAAUUUGUUACUUAUCAGUUUGAGUAGGAUCCCAGAAAUUAAUUUUAUAUUAAUAGGAAAAAUAAUUUUAUACUUCUAUUUUUUUGUAUGAUUAUCCCUUUUUUUGUGAUUGAACGUACCUGAAAGUUCUACUCUCAAUGUUUAACGGUUUCAACCAGUGCCAUCAUGUAUAGAAACAACAAUAACAUUUUUCAAAUCCUGAUUUGUCUGUAACGAAAGAAGUAGCAUUAUUAAACAUGAUAUCCGUUGUCUUAUAUUUUUUCUAACCACUGUGAAUGAUCUUAUAUAUUAUUAAAUGUGUAUACGUGGCUUUCAAUUCAAUUUCGAUUAUAAAUUGAUUAUAAUGGGGGAAGAUUUCUUCCUGUUAUUAUUGGUAAAAACCUGCUUCCGAUGAAACUUGGGAUAAUAAUAACGAACAAUCUUUAAUACAUUAUUGAAUUUAAAUUUGUUAAUUUUUACCAGUAUCAUCAAUCAAUCUACAGUACCUUGUACAUAGACAUCAUUAGUAUUCAAGUUUUCAUAUUCAUGAUGAACAUUUACUAUUUAUACCAUAUUUCGACUCGAAUCACUUCAAUAAUCUGUAUGUAAAUCUACAGCACAUAUUUUCCAUUUUUCAUGUUUGUUACUAGCUUGUAAUAAUAGUUUUUGAAAUUCAUAUGUAUAAAAAUAUUCAAAAUAAAUUGUUGACUUUAAAA